CGACUCCCUUGGGAGAACACAAAGCCUCUUGGGUUCUUCCUCUCUAGUCUCUUCUUUCUUGUUGCUUCCAGUGUUACCCUGCUAGGAUUCUCCACACUCAUCCCCCCCCCCCCCCCCCCCUCUCUCUCUCUCUGCUACUAAUUAAAAUGGAGAUCCAAGGAAGCUGUGGCAAAUUCUUCCAGAGGUGCAAGCCCUACGUUGCCAUGAUCUCUCUCCAGUUUGGCUAUGCAGGCAUGAACAUAAUCACCAAGGUCUCCCUCAACCAUGGCAUGAGUCAUUACGUUCUCGUUGUGUAUCGGCAUGCCUUUGCUGCCCUAUCGAUCGCUCCGUUCGCUCUCAUCCUCGAGAGGAAAGUGCGGCCCAAGAUCACAUUCUGGAUUUUCAUGCAAAUAUUCAUGCUGGGGUUGCUUGGGCCUGUGAUCGACCAAAAUUUCUACUAUGCCGGCUUGAAGUUCACCUCCCCAACCUUCUCAUGUGCGAUGAGCAAUAUGUUGCCGGCCAUGACCUUUGUAAUGGCAGUCCUCUGCAGGAUGGAGAAGGUGAAUCUCAAGAAGGUGAGGUGCCAAGCCAAGGUGAUUGGCACCCUGGUAACUGUGGCUGGGGCCAUGCUGAUGACCCUCUACAAGGGACCUAUUAUGGAGAUGGUGUGGGCCAAGCAUGUCCAUCCUCACCAAGCCAACGUGCCUGCUGCCAUGGAUUCCACUGAUAGGGACUGGUUCAAGGGCUCCAUCUUCCUCAUCAUAGCAACUCUGGCUUGGGCUUCUCUCUUCAUCCUCCAGGCAGCAACACUGAAGAAAUAUGAUGCACCCCUCUCCCUCACCUCAUUAAUCUGCUCUGUGGGAACCCUGCAAGCCGUUGCUGUCACCCUUGUCAUGGAACACAAGCCCUCUGCGUGGAGAAUCGGCUGGGACAUGAACCUUCUUGCUGCUGCCUAUGCUGGGAUUGUGACAUCUAGCAUUGCCUACUAUGUUCAGGGGCUGGUGAUGCAGGAAAGAGGACCAGUCUUCGCCUCUGCCUUCAGCCCACUGAUGAUGAUCAUAGUGGCAAUUAUGGGCUCUUUCAUCCUUGCAGAAAAAGUCUAUAUGGGAGGGGUCCUUGGGGCUGUCUUGAUAGUUGCCGGCCUCUACUCAGUUCUCUGGGGGAAGUACAAGGAGAACAAGGAGAAGAAGGAGCAGGAAGCCAUGGAGUUACCCAUGGCCAUAAAGGGCAAUGAAGGGAAUGGACAGGUCAUGGACAUCAUGGAGGUUGAUGAAGUUGAGCUGGAGAAGGCCAAAGCCAACAACAAGAUGAUCUCCACCCUUGACCAGAAGGUCAUAGCAGUUAGUGUCCCAAUUCCAGAGAGUCCCAUGAAGACCAACGAGGAACCAUAAGCUUUAUUAGUUUGUUGUACUUUUGAUGGGGGGGGGGGAAGAGGGGGACUGAGAGUGGCAAGCAGAGAGGGCACAGGGGCUGAGGAGGAGGUACUUUUCGGUCUAUCACCUUCUCACCUUUUUUUUCUCUCUCUUUUUAUCUUCUUUUCUUUUUCUUUUUCUUUCUUUCUCAUUUUGAUGUGGUGGGAUGGGAUGCAAGCUAUAAUUUGUAAGUUGGAUAAAAUGCGAUUGGGGAGUUUUAUAAUCUCUCAUUUGAACAAAAAUUGGAUUUGAUCAUGUUGGGAUCCA